CCAGCAUGCCAUGCGAUAACACUCAAAACAAAAAAUGUCGUAAAAAAUUGGUUGCAAAAAGUACUGAAAGAAACUUCAUUUUGACAUAUUUAUUUUGUUAUUCUUUUUGGGGAUGCACCAAUUGCUUUGCUUUAUGCAUUACUUUCAAAAUAUGCUGUUGAAAGCCGAAUAAAUAACACAGCCAAUCCAGUACAAGGAUUAGAAGGAACAAAAGAAUCUGUGAAGGUCACGAGAUCAUAACAUGUCACAAAAACAUAGUUAAGACGAAUAUUGCAUAAGUUACGAGAAGUACUUGCCCUUGCGAAUCACACGAGACAGUCGAAUGGUCACUCUUGCUCUGCAUUUGAGUAGUGGGUAAGAACUAGCAAUAUCUACCGUGAAAACCCAGCGUUUUCUCUUGGAAAUGGGGGUUUCCAGGCUUGUGUUGUUGGUGGCUUUGAAUGUUAUUGUGUCGCCACAUCUCACAGCAUCCCACUCAAUACCGACGUAUUUCAAUCGUUUAAACCCUGAUGGCAGCCUGAUGGACGUAAAGAGCCCGGGAUACUGGAUCAAACUCCCUACGAUGGACCAAGAACCUCUAAGGAACCCCCAAGACUACAAAGGCACACUGAAAGUCCACCCCUCUGUGAUUGACAAUGCCGAAUCAUUGACUGUAUCUUGGCAUAGCAUACAGGGGGCGAAUAUGACAGAUUUUAUUGCAUUGUACUGCCCAGCCGAAGACACACAUGAUCGAUUCCUUGACUACUUAUAUUUAAAUGAGACCAAGACUUUGCACAAGUUAGGCAAGGGUUUUGUCCAAGUGAAGCUGUACAACAUGAGGGUGUCAUGCGAGAUGAGGUACUUUUCCUAUGACGGGCAUGGUGUCCCUGUGCUAAAGGCACGUAGUAAUACAGUGGAGUUCAAAGGAAGAUCUGCAAUUCCUCUUCAAGGCCGGAUAGCACUGACAGGGGACCCAACUGAGAUGCGUGUUAUGUGGACUUCAGGAACAGACUCCAACCCCGUAGUGAUGUAUGGCAUGAAUAAGACCUUGACACACAAGGCUACUGGCAAGUCCUCCACCUACAGGGCCCAAGACAUGUGUGGCUUUCCAGCAAAUGGAAUUGGAUUCCGUGAUCCUGGGUUCUUACAUGAUGUGCUGAUUGCAGACCUCAAACCUGCAACCAGAUAUUUCUACCAAUAUGGCUCUGAAGAGGCCAUGGGACCCAUGCUAAACUUCACCACUGCACCCAUCCCAGGUGCUGAUGUCCCUGUCAAGUUUGUAGCCUACGCUGACAUGGGCGUGUCACCCACUCCUGGUGCAGAGGUUACGGCAAGGUACUCCCUGGAAGAGGUCAAGAAUGGUGCUGAGCUAGUUCUACAUUUUGGAGACAUUUCAUAUGCAAGAGGAUAUGCAUAUCUAUGGGAUAAAUGGCAUUCUUUGAUUGAGCCAUAUGCCACCCGUGUCCCAUACAUGGUCGGUAUUGGCAACCAUGAGCAAGACCACACAACUGGUGCUUCCAAAGACCCAAGUGGUGCAGGCAAGGGCUUCCACCCCUCCUGGGGGAACUUUGGUGACGACUCAGGGGGGGAGUGUGGGGUUCCUAUGUUCCAUCGCUUCCACAUGCCUGAUAAUGGAAAUGCCCUAUGGUGGUAUAGUUUUGAUUAUGGGAGUGUCCACUUUGUCAUGAUGAGCACUGAACAUAACUUUACACGAGGCUCCACCCAAUACAAGUGGCUUGAGGCUGAUCUGAAAGCUGUCAAUCAUAAGGUGACCCCCUGGAUCGUCUUCAUGGGUCACCGCCCAAUGUACACAAGCCAGCUGGUCCUCAAUAAAGAUCCAAUCAUCGCCACCCACAUGCAGCAGGAGUUUGAAGAUCUGUUCUACAAAUACCACGUGGAUCUUGCACUUUGGGGUCACUAUCACAGCUACGAACGGACCUGCCCCGUCUACAGACAAAAAUGCACACCAGGGGGGACCACAAAUGUCGUCGUUGGUACUGCUGGCUACGUGCUCCUGUUGACGCCGUUUCCGUUUGAAAGAAAGCCUUGGUCCGAGUACCACUCGGUGCAUUAUGGGUAUGGCAGGGCCACAGCUGUCAAUAGCACUGCGUUGCUAUGGGAAUGGGUGAAGAACUAUAACCAUGAGGUGGCUGAUAGGGUGUGGUUACGGAAGUGACGUCAAUAAUACCUACCUUUUCAGCGAAAUUUGAUUGUUAUACAAUAAUAAUAAUUGUCUGGAUAUCAAAGCGUUUGAAACAAGCAAACUGAGGCUAAAAAAUAAAUUUGAUAUUGAAUAAUUGGAAAGGAGUCUAGUGGUUUUUUCUUACGGGAUUUGACCCGUGGCACCCGUGAUACCCUGGGUACCAGAGUCUCGAGCUUCGUCCGUUCGUUUACUGAACGAAGCUCGAGCAGCCAGUAAAGGGUGCAUAGUAAACGAACGAAGCUCGAGCAGCCAGUAAAGGGUGCAUAGUAAACGAACGAAGCUCGAGCAGCCAGUAAAGGGUGCAUAGUAAACGAACGAAGCUCGAGCAGCCAGUAAAGGGUGCAUAGUAAACGAACGAAGCUCGAGCAGCCAGUAAAGAGUGCAUAGUAAACGAACGAAGCUCGAGCAGCCAGUAAAGAGUGCAUAGUAAACGAACGAAGCUCGAGUAGCCAGUAAAGAGUGCAUAGUAAACGAACGAAGCUCGAGCAGCCAGUAAAGGGUGCAUAGUAAACGAACGAAGCUCGAGCAGCCAGUAAAGGGUGCAUAGUAAACGAACGAAGCUCGAGCAGCCAGUAAAGAGUGCAUAGUAAACGAACGAAGCUCGAGCAGCCAGUAAAGAGUGCAUAGUAAACGAACGAAGCUCGAGUAGCCAGUAAAGAGUGCAUAGUAAACGAACGAAGCUCGAGCAGCCAGUAAAGGGUGCAUAGUAAACGAACGAAGCUCGAGCAGCCAGUAAAGGGUGCAUAGUAAACGAACGAAGCUCGAGACUCUGGUAGCCAGGGUGUAGGCCAGACAAUCAUAUUAAAUCGCGGUACAUGUUUAGCUUAUAAACUUGUAAAACUUGCAAGAUCAUCAAUAAAAAAAAACUAUUCUA